AGUGUACUAAAAUGAUAAAAACGAUGUCGUUGAAAUGGUCAUUCCUCUUCUAACAAAAAAGUAGGAAGUAAAUUUCAGAUAUCUUCUCUAAAACCAAACACAAACCAACAUCUCUUCAACACACAAACCAUCUUCAUCCAAGAUCCGAUCAGAUCCAUCCAUUUCCACCUUCCAUUUCCUCUCACUUUAUCUCUCUACCCCCUUUCUCUCUCCAAUUCAACUUUCAAUUUUACAUUUCCACACAUCUUCGAAAAUUAGGGUUUCAUCGAAAAAUGCGACGGAUCGUCACUCACGCAUGAAUCUCUGGUGCUGUUUAUGGUUCAAUCGAGAAGAAGAAGACAAAGAAGCUGUAAUUCACGACGAAAGGUGUCAACUUGUUGAACCUGGUAUGAACAACAACGACGACGAAGAUAUUUUCGGAAACGUUAAUUCUGAUGAAGAUGAAGAAAUUGAAGCUGGGAAUUAUGAGGCCAAUUUUCGGAGAGAGUUUUUGAUUGAUGGGUUUGAUUCGUGGCCUGCUGUACGGCGCUCGAUCGGAGAAAGUAGCUCUGUUAGCGCCGCUGUAAUCCCGAAUUCCGGUCCGGAAAGUCCUGUUGCUGAUGAGAACCGUGAUUCGUCUCAUAAGCGUGCUAAGUUCUACAAUGAGUGUAACUUUGAUGAUCUGGCGUCUACGAGCAAAGUGAACUACUCUAUGGAUUAUGCAGAUUUUGACAGUUCUAUUCAGCCUAGUAAUAAUAGUUGUUAUGGCGAUUUUGCGUUGGUGUGUAGUGGUGAGGAUGGUAACGGUGUAGAAGACGGUGGAGGGAAUGAUGAUGACAAUUCAGAACUUGAAGAUCAAGAGAUUGUUAGGAUGGACCUUACAGAUGAUCUAUUGCAUAUGGUCUUCUCAUUUCUGGAUCAGAACAAUCUCUGCAGAGCUGCCAGAGUUUGUAAGCAGUGGCGGGCUGCCAGUACACAUGAAGAUUUUUGGAAGAGUUUGAAUUUUGAAAAUCGGGACAUAUCUGAAGAACAAUUUGAGGACAUGUGUAGGCGUUAUCCGAAUGCUACAGCAUUGAGCAUAUCAGGACCUUCUAUUUAUUUGCUGGUCAUGAAGGCAAUCUCUUUGUUAAGGAAUCUUGAGGUUUUAACAUUGGGAAGAGGACAGAUAGGGGAUGCAUUUUUUCUUGCUCUACCUGAUUGUACUAUGUUGAGAGAAUUGCAUAUCAAUGAUUCGACACUUGGAAAUAGUAUUCAAGAGAUAUCUAUCGUCCAUGAGAGACUGUGUCAUCUUGAAUUAACAAAAUGUCGUGUCAUGCGAAUACAAGUCAGGUGCCCGCAACUUAAAACCAUGUCAUUGAAGCGCAGUAACAUGGCACAAGUUGUGCUUAAUUGCCCUCUUCUGCUUGAACUUGAUAUGGGUUCUUGCCACAAACUUCCUGAUGCUGCUAUUCGUGCUGCUGCAACUUCAUGCCCUCAACUAGUGAAACUGGACAUGCGUAAUUGUUCUUGUGUCAGCGAUGAAACACUGCGUGAAAUAGCACAACAUUGUCCUAAUCUUGGUUUUCUUGAUGCAUCAUACUGCCCAAACAUAUCUUUGGAGUCUGUUCGACUCCCAAUGUUGACCAUUCUAAGACUUCAUAGCUGUGAGGGCAUCACUUCUGCGUCAAUGGCUGCAAUAGCUCACAGUUCUAUGUUGGAGGUUUUGGAGCUUGACAAUUGCAGUCUAUUGACUUCGGUGUCGUUGGAUCUUCCACGUUUGCAGAAUAUUAGAUUGGUGUACUGUCGCAAAUUAGCAGAUUUGAAUUUGAGAGCUAUAUCGCUUUCUUCUAUACAAGUGUCUAACUGCUCUGUACUCCACCGGAUCAAUAUCACUUCAAAUUCACUUCAAAAAUUAGCACUGCAAAAGCAGGAUAGCUUAACUACAUUAGCGCUGCAAUGCCAAUCUUUACAAGAAGUGGACCUCUCUGAGUGUGAAUCAUUGACAAACACUGUAUGUGAUGUUUUUAGUGACGGUGGAGGAUGUCCCAUGUUGAAAUCACUAGUUCUUGAUAAUUGUGAGAGCUUGACUUCAGUUCGGUUCAUCAGCACCUCGUUAGUCAGUCUCUCCCUUGGUGGUUGCCGAGCAGUUACUACUCUUGAGCUAACAUGCCCUUAUCUUGAGAAGGUCAUAUUGGAUGGUUGUGAUCAUUUGGAAAAUGCAUCAUUUUGCCCUGUUGGUCUUCGAUCUCUCAAUUUAGGAAUAUGCCCAAAAUUAAACAUACUUCGCAUUGAAGCGAUGUUAAUGGUCUCACUUGAGUUGAAAGGAUGUGGUGGACUGUCUGAAGCAUCCCUUAAUUGUCCUCUCUUGACAUCACUGGAUGCUUCCUUUUGCAGCCAACUCACUGAUGACUGCUUGUCUGCAACAACCCGUGCCUGUCCACUGAUUGAGUCAUUAAUAUUAAUGUCCUGCCCAUCGAUUGGGUUAGAUGGACUCUGUUCCCUGCAUUGGCUCCCAAAUUUAGCUCUGCUUGAUUUAUCAUACACUUUCCUGGUGACUCUGCAGCCUGUUUUUGAUUCUUGUAAACAACUAAAGGUACUAAAGUUGCAGGCAUGCAAAUAUCUCACCGACUCAUCACUUGAACCUCUUUACAAGGGGGGUGCUUUACCAGCUCUUCAGGAGUUGGAUUUGUCUUAUGGAACUUUGUGUCAGAAAGCCAUAGAAGAGCUUCUUUCUUGUUGCACUCACCUUACACGUGUGAGUUUAAACGGAUGUGUGAAUAUGCAUGAUUUAAACUGGGGGCACAGUCAAGGGAAGUUUCCUGAGUUACCUGGCAUAAGCAUCCUAUCCAUCGCAAGUUCCUACGAAAACAAUCAUGUGUCAAGUGAGCAACCCAUCCGAUUACUUCAGAACCUCAACUGUGUGGGUUGUCCAAAUAUUAGGAAGGUUUUCAUUCCAUCAACAGCACACUGUUCCCAUUUAUUAUUUUUAAACCUUUCACUGUCGGCUAAUUUGAAGGAAGUUGAUGUAGCUUGUCUCAAUCUAUGCUGGCUUAAUCUAAGCAACUGUUCCUCAUUGGAAGUUUUGAAGCUAGAGUGUCCGAGAUUGACCAAUCUAUUCCUUCAGGCGUGCAAUAUUGAUGAGGAGGCUGUUGAAGCUGCUAUAUCAAAAUGUACUAUGUUGGAGACUCUUGAUGUUCGCUUCUGUCCUAAGAUAAGCUCAGCGAGUAUGGGAAAAUUUCGUGCAGCAUGUUCUGGUUUGAAGCGUAUAUACAGCAGCUUGUCAACUUCAUCAGCAUGAUUUAGAAUCUUUGAUGUUUUGUGGUGCUUGUUCACUCGGAGAGAAGGCACACUUGGCAAUAAAUCGGGUUAUUCCUAAUGUAUUGUAAAUUGUUAUCUUUUAUAUUGUUGUUUGUUUGGCAUAUAGAAAUGAGGUUAUCUUCAUGCAUUGCCACAAUAAGUUUUUGAUGUUUUUUACUUGUUGUAAAUUUUAUAUUUCAAUUUGUUGCUGCAUAUUGUAUUCUGAAAUGUUCUGAAGAAUAGGUGUUUGUUUGAUCCUUUUCAUAUACAUUUUAUGCUGUAAUAUUGACAUUUACAUUUUGAAGAAUAGAUGCUUGUUUGAACUUA